AUCAUUUUUACUUGCAACAGAAUGGUGCUAGCAGCGCUCAAAGUGGCCUUGUUGAUUGGAGUUUUGCACGGCUCUAUCACACUGGCAGCCGCCAAAUGUGAUGGCGUGUGCGUCAAAAUGGAUGAAUGUGAAAACACUUUCGGUGGGGUGAAUUUCGUUAAUCUAAGAUUUGGCGAUGAAGACUACGAGGAAGCUGAUUGUCCUCACUACUUGGAGAUAUGUUGCGAUUUGGACCAAGUUGUAACGACUAAAGCUCCAUUGGUGGUGGAUGCAGUUGUUGGCGGUCAGUCGGGAGAAAAAGGUGACCAUUCUGGAGAAGACGACGAUCAGAGACGUAGCCUUAAUAUAGGUGAAGUAACAAGUGAAAUCCCCAGGGUAUCAGCCGUAAACGAAGCAUCCAAGGAAAAAAGCUCCGAGGAAGUAAAAUCAGACACUAUUGAGCCACAAGCACAAAGCUCCGUGGAAAACGCGGCUGUGGAAAAUCCGGCCAUUCGUACCGUCGAUCAAGUCAAACAAUUCGGAGAAUGUGGAAUCAGAAACCCGGAAGGCAUUUCGUUCAGGCUAGGAAACUCCAAGUCCAAUGAAACCGAAUUUGGAGAGUUCCCAUGGAUGGUAGCAGUCUUGCAGGCUCAUUCUGAAGCUGAAUCAGAAGUUUCCACGUACGCAUGUGGAGGUUCGCUGAUCGCGCCUAAUGUAAUUUUGACUGUUGCUCACUGUGUAAUGGAUAAGCAGGCAAAUGAGUUGACAGUUAGAGCAGGUGAAUGGGAUACAAUGACUACAAAUGAGUACAUCCCUCAUCAGGAACGACAAGUAUCGUCUAUAAUUAUGCAUCCUAAUUUCAAUCGAAACCUACUUUUCCACGAUUUGGCCCUGUUAGUUGUAGUGUCGCCUUUUACGGCAGAUGAUAAUGUGCAACUCGCGUGUUUGCCACCACAAGGCAUGGAUUUUACCAGUGAAAACUGUUUUGCCGCAGGAUGGGGAAAAACUGCUUUCGACGCCAAGAGCUACCAUGCAAUCCUCAAGAGAGUUCCGUUGCCCAUGGUCCAAAGAGCGCAUUGUCAAAAUGCUCUUAGAACUACGAAGCUCGGAAACCGAUUCCGGCUACACGAGUCCUUCAUUUGCGCCGGUGGUGAGGAAGGAGUUGACACCUGCACAGGAGACGGCGGUUCUCCGCUUGUUUGCCCAGUUGAAGGUACUGCGAAUAAGUAUUACCAAGCAGGUAUUGUCGCUUGGGGUAUUAACUGCGGCCAGUCCAAUGUUCCCGGCGUCUACGUCCGCGCUAGCUUGUACACCAACUGGAUUGAUGCCGAAUUGCUGAAACUAAAUUUCGUCGCUGUAGAUAAGCGAAAUAGUAUUUAGGAUGAAAUAAUGUGAAUAAACAAACAUUUAAAAUGAGCAAAA